AUGAACAGCGGCGUGUGCUUGUGCGUGCUGAUGGCGGUGCUGGCGGCCCGCGCCCUGGCGCAGCCGGCGCCCGCGGCCGAGCCUGUCGACCCCGGGGCGCACCGGCCAGAGGAAGCGCCCCGGAGGCAGCUGAGGGCUGUGCAGAGGGCCGACGGCGACCCGCGAGCACACCUGGGGGCGCUGCUGGCCAGAUACGUGCAGCAGGCACGGAAAGCUCCUUCUGGUCGAAUGUCCAUUGUUAAGAACCUGCAGAGCCUGGACCCCAGCCACAGGAUAAGUGACCGGGACUACAUGGGCUGGAUGGAUUUUGGCCGGCGCAGCGCCGAGGAGUAUGAAUACCCCUCCUAGGGUACCGCGCCCGUCAGUGCCACCGGAAGCCACCUCCUGGCUAGGAGAGGGCAGAAUAAGAAAACAAUCACACUCCUAACUCGUGGUCUCUCCUGUUUGAUGUUUUAAGUAUUUAUUAAGUUCUCAAUGUGAAAAAUCUGUAAGAUUGUCCACCACCACCACGCACCUCAGAAGUAAUUGUACAAUCGGAAGACAAAAAGUUUCCCUUGUCUGUGACUCUUGGUCCUACA